UGACACCAGAGCUCCACUGGUACAGAGGAAAGCACCAACAGCAAAUGCCGUUUCAAAACAAUCAAUGAACAUAGAUGAACAGGCGAAAAAGAACAGUAGGUGGUCUCGGCGGUUAUGGAAAUAAUCCAAUUAAGGCAAACUAGAGGAAUUUGAUCUGGGGCCUUAUUCGUACCUGUUUUAUUUUUAUAAAGCCCGGCUUUGGAGAAAGGAGUAGUGGUAUCACAUGGCUUUUAACUUCCAAGGGGGCUCGGCCCUGGCAAUGGGGGUGACGCAGGGACAGCCGAACAUGAUGGCCAGCCCGCUUAUGCCCGGUGGGAUCAUGAUGCCAGGUAUGAUGCCCAGUUUUUCGCAGAUGCCCCUCAUGACUCCUGAACAGGCGCAGAUGGUCAACCCGGGUCUUAACGAUGCUCCGCUCGAGUUUAACACCAACAAGAACAAGCCACCGAUGCCCAUCAGUGGCGAUAUUGAUGAGAGAGGGAUCACUUCCAAUGGCAAUCAGUUCAACCCGGACAUGGAAGUCAAUAAAGAGAGAGAAGGCAGACGUCGAGACAGAGACAACCGUCGUCCCGACAGGAAUGGCAAAGAUAGACAGAAAGAUCACAAAUAUUUAAGGAAUGAUCGGAGGGUGUCCAGAGAAGUGCAGGAUAAGACGAUAGACCAGGAGGAAGGAGUGAACGAAGAGAUCGGCAACGAUUUGAGCGGUGGGUCUGUCUGGACUGGCAUGCUGCCAGGUGUACCUUACCAGAUGAUGAGCAUGCCGAUAAUGGACCCGAAUAUGAUGAUGCCGCAGUUCGGGAUGAUGGGAGGAGUACCUAUGGGCGACCAGGGUAUGGUCCCGGAAGUAAUGGUAAAAGAAAUGAUUCAGUUAAAGUCUGUGACUCUAGUCCCACCACCACCAGGAACACCGCUUCCCACGACAAGAGAACGGCCUCCAGGCUGUAAAACUAUUUUCGUCGGCGGCCUUGCUGAAAAUACAACCGAGGACAUUAUUAGAGAGAUUUUCAGCCGUUGCGGCGAAAUGUUGACAGUCAGAUUAAGUAAUAAGAAAUUCUGCCAUAUACGCUUCAUGCACGAGCCUUCUGUAGAUGCGGCACUCUACUUCUCAGGCUAUAGGAUGAGAAUCGAAAAUAAGACUGACCUCCCAAACACUGGAAGGCUCCAUGUGGACUUUGCUCAGGCGAGGGACGACCAGUACGAAUGGGAAUGUAAACAAAGACAGCUACAGAGGGAAGCAAGACACAGGGACAGAGUUGAGAAAGAAAGAUUGAGAGUGCCAUCACCACCUCCAGUUCCUCAUUACACUGAACACGAGGCGACAACUGUAUCUGAAAAAAUAAAAGUUGAGGAGACGUUUGGCAAAGCGGUCCAGGUUGUUAUAACAUGGCUCGAACGCGGCGACUGCAACAAGAGAAACGCGUCCGUAUUCUACUCAAUGAUCCAGUCGACAAAUUCUCACAUACGCCGGCUCCUAUCGGAAAAGGCGAACCACGAAGAGGAACUGCAAAAGGCCAAGGACCUCAUGAAGGCGCAGAUGCAGUCCCUCCUCAUGCAGUACACCCAGAUCGAACGUGUGUUCACGGCAGCUUCUCACAAGAAGGUCUGGGACCACUUCACUAAGGCACAACGGAAGAAUAUCGAGAUGUGGAAAAAGCAGUCUGCGGAAAUAAAAGCCGUUGAGCUAGAAGAGCACUUGAUAUCAGGGGGAGAUGACGAAAUGGAAGUGUCUGAUGAUGAAGAGCCGCCUACGAAGAAGAAGCACAAAGGGGACGAGAGAAUGAACUCAAUAAAGGAAGAAAAUGAUAGUUUGCGGUGCCAACUCGAAGCGUAUAAAAAUGAAGUGGAUCUUGUUCGAAGUGAGCUCAAGGCAGAACUUGAAAACACAGAAGCCCAGCUUAAAGUAUCGCAGCACACUUUACAAGGGAUGCAAAAGCAACUCUCCGAGGCAAAGAUCGCACAGUCGAAAGAACAUGCCAAAGUUAUCCAGCUUGAGGCUAGGCUAGUCCAGAAUGGGAUAGAAAUUGAUAAAGAGGAAACUUCCGCUGGGAAGGCGACACCACCUCUUGUACAACAAAAACUAGAUGAGGGCGAAGCUCGUCUUAUUGGCCUUAUAUCAAUGUUUCUUCAUGUUCACCCAUUCGGAGCAAGCGUUGAUUACAUAUGGUCAUACCUGCAGAAACUCGAGCCGGGGAUCAAACCGUCUGAAGUUGAAACUCUACUAGCUCAGUUCCCGUCGCUUUUCCAACAGGAGCUGUCUGGAAUCGGUGCCAACAUGGAGCGCAAGUGGAUAAUAACAGCCUUCAAGCCCAAAGAGACGAACAUUUAGUCGAGUCAUUUUGUUUUCUAGGAUUUUUUUUUAAAUUUUAAUUUAUUGGACCUCUUUUUGGUUGAUUAUGGCAAAAUGUGUUUUCUUUUUGUUUUAGGAUCUCGUUAAAAGUAAAUUUAUAACGGAUAAAAUUCAUUUUACAUUUUUCCUCUUUUAGAUUUGAUAUUUUAAUAAAAUUUUGGAAUUUUGAUUUGAUAUUUUACAGUUAGUUUGUUUGAAUCAUUUGUAUAACACUCUUUGUUGAGAUGUGAUCUCUUUUGACAUCACAAUGAUAAAAUAUGCCUGAAACCUAGAUUAAUUUUUGUGGAUAUUUUCAAGAAGGAAAAACUGUACAUCAUACAGUGAUUUUUUUUUUUUUUUUUCAUUAAGUC